AUGUUUGCUGUCAAGGACCUCAUCGUCACCGCGCUCACCUGGCUCUUCUACAUCCUCUGCAUGCACCCGCACGUCGAGUGUAGGAUCCUCGACAAGCUCAAGUCUCUACGUCCCACCGCCACCGUCGCCUGCACGCUCCAGCUCACGUCCUACCUCCACGCCGCGGUUCUUGACACGCUGCGGCUGUUCCCGCCGAUGCCGUUCGAGGAGAAGGAGGCGGUCGGCGGCGACAUGCUGCUAGACGGCACGAAGGUGACCAAGGGCACUAGGGUUAUAUUCUGCAUCUACGCCAUGGGCAUGAUGGAGCAGAUACGGGGUAGCGACUGCCACGAGUUCCGGCCGGAGCGGUGGCUGUCCGAUGUCGGCCGGGUUCGGCACGAGCCGAGCCACAAGUUCGCCGUCUUCAACUGCGGCCCUAGGAGUUGCCUCGGCAAGAACCUGAGGCUCAGCAACAUCAAGGUCGCUGCCAGCGGCGGUGGAGCGGCGCAUGCCGGUGCGAACCCGACGGAGCGAGCUAGCGGCCCCAAAGGUGCGGGUGGCUGGCCAGGUCCACACCGGCGCCAUGAGCCACGCAGCGUGAGGCGAUAG